CCUUAGUCUCAACUAGGGGCGACACUAGCGACGACGACGACGACGACGACGACGACGACGACAUUGACGGCGACGUUUUCUGUGUAUUUGCAAAAAGUGCGCGAUUUUUUCAAUAUUUGUACUUUUGUGUUGUUUUCUCUACAGUUCAAUAAAUAGUCAGGUCAAUCAAUCAGUGUAUCAAGCAAACAGACACUCUCUCUCUCUCUCUCUCUCCCUCGCGCUUUCCCUCUCGCUCUCUUUAUAUCGCUCUCUCAAUGCAAGUGUCAAUCCUCGAUAAGCAAAUUUAAACGUUCGACCUUCGACCUUUAUAUGCGGCCAUUGUGGAGUUGCUGCAUUUUAGUUUUCUAGCUUUUUCAUAGUUUUCUUAUCGUUUGAGCAGCAGCAGCACGAAGCAGAAGUAGAAGAAAGCUGUAUCGCCCUGGGUCCCGCGGAGCUUUUACGGAGAUCGCAAGCGAAGGUGGACAAGUGGCUGCUGUCGCAGUUCAGCAGUCAUCAAGCACCUAUGUUCAAAAUGGAUGCCACCGAUUUUUGGCAGCAGGCAAGAGGUCCAUUCGCACUGCAGCAGCAACAACAGUCGCUGCAACAACAACAACAGCCCCAUCCCCAUGCGCACCCGCAUCCGUUGUCUAGCCAGCAGGAGCAGCUGACGAAUGCUGGCAACAAUUUAAAUAGCUUGCCCUUAAAUACCAAAUUGGCAGAAAAUCAUAUGCAGCAGCAACAUGUUCAGCAACAACAACAACAACACACCCAUCAGGCACAGCAACAACAACAUCACGUCCAGCAAAAUUCGCAGAACAGCAUUGAAAGUCAAUUGUUGCAGCAACAUGUAGAGCAGUGCUAUGGCAGCGAAACAUUUGCUCAACAUUCGUCAGCAGCGGCAGCGGCGGCGUCAGCAGCUGCCGCGGCAGCAACGCAUUUAAGCAGUCAUCAUUUAUUAUUUAAUGCGGCUGCGGCAGCAGCAGCAGCAGCGCAUCUCAAAUCGACUGCGCUGCAAAAUAGCAGCAGCGGCGCCGGCAUCCCAGCGACGGCGACUGAUCAGUCGGAAAAUGCGGUCGCUGUGAAGCCAAAACAGGAGCAGCAGCAGCAGCAGCAGCAGCAAACUGAGCAGCAACAAUCGGAGCAACAAUACAGCGAUAGCUUUUUCAACGCCGAGCAACAUUUGCAUCAGCAACAACAACAACAGCAGCAGCAACUACAACAGCAGGAGCAGCAGCAGUCACACCCCCCUCACCAAGCGCACAGUCCCACGACGCUGACGCUGCUCAGCAAGCCGAUAACGAUAACGCAAGGCCUGCAAUCGCCGCAACACUCGAUAACACCGUCUGGCGGCAGUUCAACACCGGACAUGAAAUAUAACAACGAAAAAUUGGCCAAUGAAAUUCAGCUUCAGCUGUCGCGGUCGAGCAGCGCCGCAGCGAUCAGCGAACGAACACUUGAAGAAUGUUGGUCGACCCUGCAACGACUGUUCAUGCACAAGAGCGCAAUGCAGCAGAUCCAACAGCAGAUACCACGGGUUGGUAUCGGUGCCCACGGCGUAUCCAGCACGGCUAGCAUGGGCGGCGGCGGAACGACACCGGGCGCGGAGACGAAGCCCCAUCAGUGCCAGCAGUGCAUGAAGAGCUUCUCCAGUAACCAUCAGCUUGUCCAGCACAUUCGUGUCCACACCGGAGAGAAGCCCUACAAAUGCUCCUACUGUGAUCGUAGAUUUAAGCAACUAUCCCACGUCCAGCAGCACACACGUCUCCACACCGGCGAACGACCAUAUAAAUGCCAUUUGCCGGACUGCGGUCGAGCCUUCAUUCAGCUGUCGAAUCUGCAGCAGCAUCUGCGCAAUCACGAUGCCCAGGUGGAGCGAGCCAAGAAUCGACCUUUUCAUUGUAAUAUCUGUGGCAAGGGAUUCGCCACCGAAUCCAGUCUGCGUACGCACACAUCCAAGGAGCUACAGCUGCAUCUUGGUGUCUUGCAGCAGCAUGCGGCACUUAUAGGCGGACCCAAUGCAACCUCAUGUCCGGUGUGUCACAAGCUCUUCCUCGGCACCGAGGCCCUAAUGGAUCACAUGAAGCACGUCCACAAAGAGAAAACACCACCGCCAAAUGAACCGCCUGCUCAAUUCAGUGAUAUUAUUGGUAGUGGAGGUGGAGGAAGCGGAGUUGGAGGAGCUGGUCCAUGCUCCCUGGCCGCCCAAUGCGCCGCCGAAUUGAGCUGUGCUCAGCCCUUGACGACGACGACGACGACAAGCGGAUCGAGCCUGAACGAUAGCUACCUCGGCAAGCGACGCACCGCGAAUCAUCCUUGCCCCGUUUGUGGUAAGCACUAUGUCAAUGAGGGCUCCCUGCGCAAGCAUCUCGCCAGCCAUGCGGAAACCACCCAGCUAACGAGCAGUCUUCGCAUGUGGCCUUGUUCCGUCUGUCAGGCGGUCUUCACCCACGAAAAUGGUCUGCUCACUCAUAUGGAUCAUAUGCGCAUGGAUCCCAAGCAUCAGUUUGCAGCACAAUAUGUUCUGUCUCGGGCUGCGGCGGAGCAACGUGAACGUGAAUCCCUGUUGGCCGUCACACUGGCUGCCACAACUACUGGUGGGGGAGUGGUGCGCGAGAAUGCGGGUAUGUUGCCACUGGGUGGCGUCAACGCCGGCGAUUCCAAUUCGUUGUGUCUAUCGCCGUCGGCGAACUCCGAGUGCUCCUCGAAUGGUCGCCUCUCCUCGUCAUCCACCUCGGAUCAGGAGCAGGGCCUGAGUGAGAACGAGAACAGUAAUAAUAAUAAUAAUAAUAAUAAUAAUAAUAAUAAUAAUAAUAAUAAUAAUAAUAAUAAUAAUAAUAAUAAUAGCAUUUGCAGUUCGAGUAAAAUCAAUUUGAGCCAGUACAGCAUGGACGCCGAGCUGCAUGCUAAUCGAAUGUCUCUGAUGGCUGCCGCAUCUGCUGCGGCUGCUGCUGUUGCCGCCUCCGCCAGCUCCAGGUCGCAGGAUGGCACCAUCGAUGCCGCUGUGGCUGCUGGACCGGGCAGCGCCGUGGUUCAGGCGGCUGUCGUUAACCUCGCUGCAGCCAUGCGCAUGAACAAUCCCGCCAACUCACAUCAGCAACAGCAGUCCAACGAUCACCCGCUACACACUGCACAAAAUCAGCAUACGCAUCCACAGCAGACGGGACAACAUCAUGCCGGGCAGUUGCCCCAUUUGCCGCUGCUGUCGCCGCAGCAGACACUGCCCAGCGCUGGCAACACGCGUCGAUCGCCGACGAUCAAUGUUCCUAACCUGCAAAUGCAGACAGACACCUCAUCGGUGAUGAUGAGCAUGAUGCGUGGCACCCUCGAAACCAAUCUGGGUGCAAUGCAUCAAAUGGAAUCACUGCAUCAUCAUCAUCAUCACCACCAGCAACAGCAGCAGCAAAAUCAACAUCCGCAUCAGCAUUCGCAUCAUCAACAUCAGCAUUCGCAUUCGAAUCAGCAGGUGCAUCAUCAGGCCUCGAAUUAUUCUCAGCACGCUGUGGCACCUAGUUCCAGUUCCACACAGCAACAUCACCAUCCGGAGACAGCGCUGCGCAUGCACCAACAGGCGGAGGCCAUUUUGCGCUCCCACACAGAGGCUGCAUUUCGUCUGGCAGCCUCGGUGGCGGCGACAAAUGGUGGCAACGCCAACACAUCAACUGCAACACCAAACAACAACACGAGCAGUAGCAGCAGUGGCAACGCCAUCAAAGUCGAACCUACAACACAACAGCAGCAGCAGCAACGUCAAUUAAAUGACAACGAUCUUCAUUUAUCGCCACAUCGUUUUCCAUCAAGCACGACGCAAACACAGCACCCGCAAUCGCAAUCGGAACAGCAACAGCAGCAAAAUCCGCAUAAUUCAUGAAGAAGUCGCAGCUAAUUGAUUUGAUUAUUUGCAAACAAAACAAAAAACAUCGCCAAAGCCUCAGCUCGAUAAAAUAAAUUAAAGUUAUCGUGCAGCCACCACUGCUCAGAGCUUCAAAUUCAAAUACAAAAUGGAGUAAAGUUAUCGGCAAGUCCCAACACUGCUCAAAACAUUCAUUGUGAGAGCGCGCGCUAUUUCUAAAAGUUGUAGUUUUGGACAAGCAAAAUUAUCAAUAACAAAAAAUCGGACGUAAGAGUCAGCCAUUUUUUUUACAUUUUGUUGACAACGUGAGCUUAAUUUGCUUACUUUUCAUUUUAUAUUUGCGCAUUUUAAACAUAAAAAUAACAAAGGUAACACGGCUAUUUCUUCACGUCAUUUUUGUUUGGCAUUCUUUUUUGCCUAUCGAUAUAUUUGUAUAUCUCGAGCUGAGCACAGUGCUUCAAAGAGGUUUGGUAACAAUUAAGAUUAGCUUUAAUUUGAAAUCAGGCGACAGCACCCAGUACCCAGUACAACAACAAACUGAACUGAAUAAUCUGGAACUUCGUGUCAAUGCUGUGAUUUUGAAGUGUUCAUAGGUGGCGAAAGAAUAGCCAUCAGAACACCGUUAAUGCAAAUUCAUCAUCGAUAAUUAUACAGAUUUCCACUAGCAGCAUUUCUGUCUUUGAAUAUAUGUCGAAUUUUGGUAAUUCGGUUUUAUAAUAAAUAAAAGCUCAUAUUUUCAAUUAAUUUAUAGUUCAUUAUAACUUAAUGCUGCAAAGAAAAUAUAAUAUAAAUAAUUAUUUGUAUUUUUCCUGAUUUAUUACUUACUUAUUAGUCUCGCCUUUAUUUGAAUUACUUUUUUUUAUUAUUAUAUAAAAAAUAAGUCGAUUAAUGGUAAUUUUUGUUUCGAAUGUGAAUGUUGGAAAUGUAUGGAAUCCGGCUAUUUACUUACAAAUAUAAAAAUACUAUUCCUCAAUAGGCCAAUAGACAUAUGUAUAAAAGUCUACAUACAUUUAGUCUAAAUACCAACGAAAAAUAAUAAUAAAAAAAAAUUAAAAACCAUGUACAAUUAAUUAUUGAAAGCAUGCUGCGUAUUUUAAGUGAAGAAAAUCAUACGAAAAAACUUACAAAAAUCAAGAGAGCGGACUAUUAUAUUUUAAAUAGGGAUGUUCCAAAUUCAAUACUU